AUGGGAGAGUCCUGGUGGGAGGUCUUCUCUGCUCCUCACAUUCCUCAGACAAGUGUCUCACACCUGUUCUGCCCCUCUACCCCGCUCUCCCCCUCUGUUCUGCCCCAGUCCCUCUCUCUCCUCUGCCCCAGAACUCUGCUCUGGCCUAGACCCCCUCUGUUCUCCCCCAGUCCCUCUCUCUCCUCUGCCCCAGACCUCUGCUCUGGCCUAGACCCCUCUGUUCUGCCCCAGUCCUCCUCUCCCCCUCUCCCCCAGUCCCCCUCUCCCACUUUUACCCUCUUUUCUGCCCUAGUCCCCCUCAGCUCUGCCCCAGACCUCUGCUCUGGCCUAGACUCCCUCUGUUCUGCCCCAGUCCCUCUCAGCUUUACCCCAGACCCCUCUGUUUUGCCCCAGUCCGGCUCAGCUUUACCCCAGACCCCCUCUGUUUUGCCCCAGUCCCUCUCAGCUUUACAAAAGUUCGUCUCCGCUCUGCCCCAGUCCCCGUCUGAUUUACCCCAGUCCCCCUUAGCUCUGCCCCUGACCCUGUCAGCUUUACCCCAGUCCCCCUCAGCUUUACCCCAGGCCUCUGCUCUGGCCUACACCCCCUCUGUUCUGCCCCAGCCCCCUCAGCUUCACCUCAGUCCCCCUCUCCUCUGCCCCAGACCUCUGCUCUGCCCCAGACCCCCUCAGGUUUACCCAGUCCCCUCUGUUCUGCCCCAGUCCCCCUCUGUUCUCCCCCAGUCCCCUUGCUCUACCCCAGUCCCCUCUGCUCUACCCAGUCCCCUCUGUUCUCCCCCAGUCUCCUCUGCUCUACCCCAGUCCCCCUCUGCUCUACCCCAGUCCCCUCUGCUCUACCCCAGUCCCCUCUGCUCUACCCCAGUCCCCCUCUGCUCUACCCCAGUCCCCUCUGCUCUACCCCAGUCCCCCUCUCCUCUACCCCAGACCUCAGCUCUGCCCCAGUUCCCCUCCAGACCCUCUGAAUCCACUUAG